GGGCUGUGGGGCAGCUGGAGGCGCAGCGCCGGGCGGUGUCUUGACCCGCCGCCCCCGCGGGUAGCGGCGCGCAGUUACUCCCCGGCCCCCAUGAAGCUGCGGGACGCCCCCUCCGCCUGCCCGUCCCUGUGGCGCUGGUUGCCGUGCCCGCCGGCCGAGCUGCGCCUGGACCUGGUGCUCUCCUCGGGACAGAGCUUCCGGUGGUGGGAGAGCAGCCCGGGGGCGUGGACGGGUGUGCUAGUGGGCCGCGUCUGGACACUACGGCAGGACGGGGACCGGCUCUGGUACACGGUGUACGGCGAGGAGGAUGAACACGAGGAGGAGGAGGAGGAGGAGCGGGAUGUGUGUCCCGCCAAAGCGGCGAAGCUGAACGCCGCAGAGACGGAGCGGAUCCUGCGUGACUACUUCCAGCUGGACGUGGGGCUGUCGGCCCUGUACCACGCCUGGGGGGCGGCCGACCCCCUGUUCCGCAAGGUGGCCAAAGACUUCCCAGGGGUACGGGUGCUGCGGCAGGACCCCGUCGAGUGCCUCUUCUCCUUCAUCUGCACCUCCAACAACCACAUUUCCCGCAUCACUGCCAUGAUCGAGCGCCUCUGCCAGGCCUUCGGCCGCCGCCUCUGCUGCCUCGAUUCCCGGCCCUUCCAUGCCUUCCCAUCCCUCUCGGCGCUCACAGGUGCUGAUGCCGAGGCUCGGCUGCGGGCGCUGGGCUUUGGCUACCGGGCCAAGUUUGUCAGCGGCAGUGCGCGGGCCAUCGCUGAGGGGCUCGGCCCCGAGGGGCUGUGCCAGCUCCGCUCCGCGCCCUAUGCCGAGGCCAGGAGGGUGCUGUGUGCCCUGCCUGGUGUAGGUGCCAAGGUGGCCGACUGUGUGUGCCUGCUGUCCCUGGACAAGGCGGAGGCGGUGCCUGUGGACACGCACGUCUGGCAAAUCGCACGGCAGCGCUAUGGCGUGGCGCUGGGCGGCAAGAGCCUCACCCCCCGGGCCUACCAGGAGAUCGGCGACUUUUUCCGGGAGCUGUGGGGCCCUCAUGCUGGCUGGGCACAGGCAGUGAGUACCCCCCUUCCUGGCACCCUUGUCCUCCACCCCAAGCCAUGCCCACCCCAUCAUCUCCCCAUUCCAGGUCCUGUUCUGUGCUGACCUCCGCAAGGGCCAGAAGCCAGCUGGCAGCCAGCAUCAGGCCUGAGAGCUGAGGCUUGGACAGCCAUGGGAGUGGGUUCCUCUAGGGACACCCCAGGAGGAACAGACUUGAGUGGGACACUGUACCUGCUGCCAGCCUGGGAUGGAGGGG